GCCCCUGCAUUCCUUACAUCGAAUUAUUUUAUCAUGAAUACAACAAUGAUGCAUGAUCUUCAUGAUGUCACAAAUAUGACAAAAGAUCAUGAGCCAAUGCCGAUGUACUUUGUAUUGGGAAAUGAUGUAACUCUGAUCUUUAAAGGCUGGCAUACCAAAACAAAUGCAGAGCUAAUUGGUUCUUGCAUUGCCUUGGCAUUAAUUGCAUUUAUGUAUGAAGGGUUAAAAGUUUUAAGAGAAGUAAUCAAAUACAACUACAGUGGCUUUAAUAAUCAAUAUAGUAUUAUGUUUUCAUGGUUACAUAUCCUGCAAACAGUGUUACAUAUGGUUGUCGUUUUUAUUGGAUAUUUUCUUAUGCUUGCUUUUAUGACUUACAAUACCUGGAUAUGUUUAGCUGUAAUUAUUGGUGCUGGAGUUGGAUAUUUUGCAUUUGGAUGGAAAAUUAACUCAAUACCUAGCACUGGUGACCAUUGUAACUAAGGAAUGUUUAUAAAUUUUUAUAAUAAAUUUGAAAGAAGUUUUAUAAACAACUAAUUAUAUAAAAAGUAUAUAAAUUA